AUGGCAACGACGUCGAGUGUCAACAUUGAUUCUCUUCUUGCUGACGAUCAGUUUAAUGAUCAACAAGAGAACCAAGAUGAGGAUUCAGAUUUUCCAUUUACACAGCACAUGACAAAGGACUUAUUCGAUUAUCAAGUUGACCAAGUAGAACAGGAGAAUGACGGCAAAUUUGAUGCUGAUCUACUCCUGUACCAAAACUAUAGAUUUAUGAUGCUAGAGGACCUUCGUAAGGAGCUUGGUGAUCUUCUAGAUCAGCUUGACGACCAGCUUGUGGAUCUCAUAAAUAGGGACUACCAGGAUUUCAUCACGUUAGGACAGUCAGUGGGAGGCACAGUGGAAACGAUACAAAUGGUCAAGUUUGACGUUACCUCAUACAAGAAUAGCCUUGCCAGCAACCAAAAGUACAUCGAUAAUGUGAUAAAUACAGUGAAAAAGCUUAAAUCCCAGAAAACUAAUCUAUCCAAAUUGAAAUGGAAGGCCGAAGCGUUGGUUCUCUUACAUACUCAGGUGGACAUGUUUGAGAAAUAUAUCGCAAAAAAGAUCCAAGAUGAAGUAGUAACCUUUGAGCAAAUCAACAAGCUGACUAGUCUCUAUCUGUCCAUCACUUCCAUCUUGGAUUCUAUAUUGGAAGAGCACAAACCAGAAGACGGACCGAUAGUAAUUCUAGAAAAGUUAAAGUCACAGGUGAACUCAUCUAGAUACGAGUAUCAAAGCAUUAUGGAUACGUAUAUCUCUGGCCUAAAGAGUGAAAUCAAGAAAAUGACCAGUUCUCAACCUCAAGACCCUAAGUCAGUAUCAGAACUUCAAGAGCAAGUGAUGACGAUUUUGACUUUUUAUCCUUACACUGGAAACAACAAGCUGUUUUCCGAACCAGAUGAAUAG